UUACUAGAUGUCCGAGCCCCCAGAAGCAAAACCAAGUAUCCCAGUCUAAUAAAUAUCCUUAGGUGUAUCUGUUUAUUUCCUGUUGACUCAAUUUAUGACUGUGUUCAGGAGUGAACCCCGUCUGAGCAUCAAGCUGCCUCCAAACUUGAUUUUGAACCCAGGGCUCUUAUUGUGACUCAUGGGAGCACAGGUCGGGUACAGCAGCAGCGUCUCUCUGCUGCUUCCUGGACAGAGGAAGGGGCUCCCCACGGUUCGUCCAUCUAUUUAUACUCCCCGCUUAAUACGGAGCGCCGUCCACAGCUGCCACUCUGACUACAUUUGGAGCGACAGCUCGCGUGGGGAGGGACCGGCGGUCUGAGGCAGGGCUGCGGAAACUUUUAUGUCCACUUCACGCGGCGUGCAGUGCAUGGCGAUGUCUCAUCCACCAAGGAACCAAUUAUUCUGCAACCCCUGAAAGGCAGACUGUCGGCAAACUGAGACUCCUGAUCCAAUGGAUCUGAACUUCACUGAAAGAAAGUUUGGCCCACAAGUUUUGCCUUAGCUGAAAAGUGAGGAAAGAACAACACACCUGCCUUCUGGUCCUGAAUGUUCUACAUUCAUUCGAGGAGAAUUGACUGAAUUCUUCUGAGGGAGCAUGGACGCUACAGAGAAUCCCGUUCUGGAGCCCAGAUCAGAGCGGAUCGCUCGCUACAAAGCCGAGAGGAGACGAGAACUAGCCGAGCGCUUCGGCAACCUGGAGGAGCUUCCUUCCAAGUGGGUGAGGAGGGAUGGGAAGGAGCUGUCUGACCCAGGUACCAGAGCCCACAGAGGGACUCUGAACUCGGAUGGGCUCAGUGAGAGAGUGAACGGCAGGACACGAGAGGUUACAAAUGGACUGGAAGUGGACAACGCAGAGUCCAACCGCACGAGAAGGCAGGGUUCCCAUGCCUCUGCUAGCAUGCUGAGCGGGGAGGGGUGCCCCGUCCCUCUCGGACCUGAUGCCCCGCAGCUCCACACUCGUGUGUCAGUGGGCCAGUUGAGGAGCUCCCUCCUGCAGCAGACAGGGAACGGAGCACAGCCUGAGAAAGUUUGCCCUGAUGAUGGGCGCACCACCUCAUCCCUGGAUCUUGCUUCCGAGGGAGGCCGGAGACGCACCCGGCGAUACCUCCCUGGUGGGUCGGGUGGCGGCCGCAAGACCAGCGAGCGCUUCAGGACGCAGCCAAUCACAGCUAAUGAGAUGGAGGAGAGCAGCGGGAUGGGGGACGCAGAGGAGGAGGAGAACCAAAAAGCUGACGUGAAAACGGACGACCGGGCCAAAAUGAGCGUGGCAGCCAAGAUGUCUUUGUUUAAAGAGCUGGAAAAGGCUGCUGCCCCCGAGGCCUCGGCCUUUCUGAAGCCCCGGCAGGGAAGUGUGGGUCAUGAGCGCAGGGUGCGCCGCGGUAACGACCAUCGCUUUCUCACUCAGCCAAUCACCUGUGAGGAAAUCGUGGCAAUCAGUGCCCCAAAACCAGCUCCACCAGUGGAGCCCCAGUCUGUGCAGGCUGUGGAGGCUGAGCCGGUGGAGGACGAUGAUGAGAGCUGUAAGAUGAGCAUGAGUGAAAAGCUCGCCCUCUUCAACAAACUAUCCCUGCCAGGGAAGGAAGGGGGUGGCCCUGCUGAGGGACCUCCAGAGAGACGGAGGCAGAAGGGGGCUCGGUACCGCACCCAGCCCAUCACUGUGGAGGAGGUCAACCUGCUCCAGAAAGGCCCCGUUCAGCUUCCCGUCUUCAGUUUGUCCACUCACCUGCACGACAGACAGCAGGCCUCAUCUGUCAACCUAAAACCCAGUGAGCUCCGCCUCUCUCAGCCAAGACUGGAUGCUGGUCGUAUGCCGUCAGAGCUCAGUGGCAUCACUCAGCAGGGCCUGCAGCGCUACGACUCGGAGCCCGGUUUGAGAGGCAUCUUGAAGAAGAGCUGCAGGACGGAGGGUGGGCGAACAGAUGCAGCGCCCAGACAUGUGCAGAACGGUGGAGGCUGUGAAGAGCCUGAGACACGAGGGAGGGUGGAGUGUACAGACCUGCAGGAAAUCCCGAAACCGCCGCCAAGAGAGAGACGGGCGGCUUCAGGUGUGGAGCCUGCUGCUCCUUGGAGGCAGAGAGCUCGAAACAGGAGGGAAACCAUCACCUGCACACCGAUCAGAGGGCUGUCAGAGCAGGACGGCCUCCAGGACGAGCAGCUGGGAAACAACUCAGAGAUAAACGGCAGGGCUCAAAGGCAUCAAAAUGAGGAGGAGAGCACUGAGAAGACAAAUGAAGAAACCGCAGCUACUGGACACGUUCAGGUGACCCCAGUGGACAACAGCAUGAAACUGCAGGAGACGACAGACAACAGCAGAUGUGAGGAAGAGACAGAUCACACUCAUGUGGAGAAUGUCAAUCCUCAGUGCUGGUCGAACCUCUCCUUCGAGGCACAGGAAGUCGCCUCUCCCACCAAGAACCUGACACAGCCACAGUGGAGACAGAAGGCUAAGGGACCCGAGGAUGAUCUCCAGAUGGACGAGGUCAAAGACGUGAACGAGCAGCAGGCCGGGCAAUUUGUCAACAUGAACUCCACAGUCACUGCUACGUGCACGGAUGAAGAAAUCUCUGUGCAGUCUCUGAUGCAGUCUGAAGCUCAGGAGACUUCACCAAUCUCAGCGUCUCCACCCGGAGUGAAGGAGGAGAUGCCUGUUGAGGAAUCGAAUGCUUUUGAUGGAGGUUUUUACAGAGAUCAGUCACCUCCAUCUGCCUGCACCCUGCCACCAAGUGAAGAUGCUGCAACAGCAGAGGGCGAGCAGGACCUGGAUGUUCUCUGCCAGAACAACACGCCUAUGCUGACCUCAGCUGUAGCAGAGCACCGGCGGUCUGUGCGACCGUCACGUCGGACUCAGGGCUCCAGAAACCCUCUAAGGGCUCUGGCAGCAAGGGAGGACGUCAGGCAGGACUACAUGGGAGAGAGAGCCAACACAGCACCUGAGGAGAGGAUGCAAGCAGAGAACAAGUCCAAGAACUCAGAUUCACAUUGUGUCCCAUCAGAAGACGUCACCUCUUCCUCAGACUCUGCGAAUACUAAAUCCUAUCCCCCCUUCAGCACCCUGAUGCUCAUUCACAUCAAAGGAAGGCGGCAUAUCCAGGUGCGUCUGGUGGAGCCCUCAGCACGCUCUCUGAACAGUGGAGACUGCUUCCUGCUGGUCAAUCCGGAGCACUGCAUCCUGUGGAGCGGAGAGUUUGCCAAUGAACAAGAAAAAGCCAAGGCUUCUGAGCUGGCAUCAUUCAUCCACAGUCACACAGAUCUUGGCUGUCAGGCCUCUCAGAUCGUCCACCUGGAGGAGGGGCUGAACUGUGACAGCAGUCUGGCCGCAGACUUCUGGAGCCUUCUAGGCGGACGGACACAAUACAGAGGAGCCGGUGCAGAAGAGGAGGAUGAGCUCUUUGAACGAGGCGUUUCUGAGUCAAACUGUGUUUACAGGCUGGUGGAGAACAGACUGGUGCCUCAUGAACAAGCCUGGGCCUGCAUCCCCAGCGUGUCCCUGCUGGGCUCCGAUGAGGCCUUGGUGUUUGAUUUCGGCAGUGAGGUGUACCUGUGGACCGGGCAGGAUGUUUCUCUCAGCAGGUUGCACAUUGCUCUCCAGCUGAGUCACCAAGUGUGGGCUGGAGCUUACGACUACAGCAACUGUCGAGUCAAUCCACUGGAUCCCACACAGAAUAACCCUGGCAUGCCGCUGAGGGGUGAGGGACGUCCCACCUGGGCGUUGUUCGGCUGCGUCUCAGAGCACAACGAGACGGCUUUGUUCAGGAGAAAGUUCCUGGACUGGACGUUCAAGAGCGCAGGCACAGAGGAGGCGGCUUCUGUGAACAAGGAUGUGCAGCCCGUCUCAGUUACGCCUCCCCCGUCAUCAGACCUCCUGAGCGCCUGCGACGCUAAAGCCCUCGUGUCGGGUGAGUCAGCAAAAGGAGAUGGCUUGGUCCACAACGUGUUGGCAGGGGUUGACGUGCAGAGGGGGCACGGAGUCAUCACGCUGGAGGAAGGAGGUCAGAUGGAGCUGAGCACGGUUGCGGUGGACACCUGGCACGUCCAGGAGUUUGAUGACAGUGAAACUCCAGUAGAGAGCACGGGACAGCUUCACGAAGGAGACUCUUACGUCAUUCGCUGGACUUACAGCAUCAACACUGUCGAUAAGAUGAACGGCUCUGAUGAGAGCAGCACAGAACACAAAGAACACACCGCCUUGUUCUUGUGGAGGGGCUGUCACUCAAGUGUCAGCGGGCGGGACACGGCUGCUUUUCUAUCCAUUGGGAUGAAUAACCAGGAAGAGUCACAGAUGGUGGUGCCUCAGGGGAAGGAGCCCCCCUGUUUCCUGCAGCUUUUCCAGGGAGGCCUGGUCAUUCACAAAGGCAAGAGAGAGGAGGCGUCCACUCAAACAGAGUGGCGUCUGUUCUGCGUGCGAGGAGAGCUCCCAGAGGAGGGCUCUCUGUUAGAAGUGGGCUGCUGCUGUGCUGGUCUGAGGUCCAGAGGCUCUGUUGUGCUGCUCAACAGCCAGGAGGGGGUGCUGUACCUCUGGACUGGAUGUAAAGCUCAUGUCAGCAUCAGAGAAGUUGGCAAGCGUGCAGUGGAGCGCCUCACUCAGAUGUGUCCACCGGAGCUGGGUCUGAGUAAAAGCAACCAAGUGAAGGUGCAGGUGGUGGAGGAGGGUUCAGAGCCUGCAGACUUCUGGACAGCACUUGGACAGAUGGACAGGAAGGCGUAUGACUGCAUGCUCCAAGAUCCAGGAAAGUAUAACUUCACACCUCGCCUUUUCCACCUGAGCACAACUUCGGGGAGUUUCCAGGCUGAGGAGCUGCAGAGUCCAACACGGCUGCCUGGGCUUGUGAUGGCAAUGCCCUUCACCCAGGAGAGCCUGUACUCUGUUCCACAGCCAGCCUUGUUCCUUCUGGACAACCGUCUGGAGGUCUACCUCUGGCAGAGGGGUCAGCCUGAGCAGACGGAGAGCUCGGCUUCAGCAUGGAGCUGCUGGCACAACGAGAGAAGGUGCGCCAUGCAGACGGCCCUGCAGUACUGCAAAGAAAUGAACCCAAGACGCCCACCGCAGGCUUACCUCAUCUUUGAGGGGUCAGAGCCUCUUACCUUCACUAAUGUGUUCCCUCGCUGGGAGAGGAGCAGCGGAGCCCACACGCAGGGCGACACAGGGCCGGUGAAGCUGACCUUGGUGCAGGACGCCCUGGCCCAGCUUAUGAAGACCCAGUACCCUCUGGAGGAGCUGCUGCGGAGCCCCUUACCUGAAGGAGUGGACCCCCAGCACCUUGAAGUCUACCUGUCUGAUCAGGACUUCCAGACUAUUUUGGAAAUGAAGAGAGAUGAAUACGCCUCCCUGCCAAGCUGGAAACAAAUUGAUCUGAAGAAAAGCAAAGGGCUGCUUUGUUAGACAAGCGGAGGCUGACUGACGCUCCUGCAGCAGGGGCUUACUCCUCCUCCUCCUCCACCCAGAAAAGGACGAUGGCAGGGGGGUAUUAGCACCAUGCUGCUGCACAAAGGACUGCUCACGUCAUGCAAAGAGGAAAGGAAUUCACUUUUUAUUUAUGUCAAUUAGUGUGUGAACUUUUUAUCAGACGUGGAUUUCUCCGUAGCUAUUGUUCAGAGCAAAAACAAAACGCAUUUUCCUAUGAAACUUCAUUUUAUCUGUACAAAUCAAUGAGAGAUACAAAGAGAAAGGUGUGUGGGAGUGAGGAAAGGACAUCAGUAACAAACUGUGGGGAAAGGAUGAGAAAACAAAGCAGUGCUUGCAAAAAAGAUCAAUGCUAUAAUAAACAAUGUAAACAAAGAAAAAAAAAUAAAGGCUUACCACUUUCUAAA